GGAACACUCCGCUCCUCUCUGCCACGCCUGGCAGCCAGAAGUGAGCUCAUCCGAGCUUCCAUGGCGGAAGUGAAGCUCCAUCUCCAAAUUGAAGUGGACUAGGGUUUUGGUUUGUGGGUCGUAAUUGGAGAUGGCGACUGUGACGGCACUGAAACUGCUGACGCUGUCGUCUCCUUUUGUGCUCAAACCUCCCCAACUAACGUGGGUGUGUUGUGGGUUGAUUUCGUUUCGCUCUCCGCCACUCGAAUCUCGGUCUCGUUGCGUUGGAGCGCGUUUCUCGACGAGCAGCAAGAGCGACCCAUCGGUUAAGGAGACGACGGCGAAGAAGAAGAAGAAGAAGGAGGGGAAGGGGAAGGGGAAGGGGAAGGUGGAUGGUGGGAAUGGGAGAGGAGCUACGGCGAUGGAGGCGUUGUUGAAGCGGAGGACGCGUUCAUCCAGAGAGCUCGACGAUGAGAUGGUCCAGCAGUUGCUUGGCGUCGACAACCACAUACCGGUGCUGCUCGGUGAAGUGCUGGAUGUCUUCUCGGGCCGGAAACUCCGGUCUUUCGCUGACUGCACUCUCGGUGCCGCCGGCCAUUCUUCUGCUAUUAUCCAGGCACACCCAGAAUUGCAGUGUUAUCUUGGAAUGGAUGUCGAUCCUAUGGCACAUCAAAUGGCAAAGACCAAGAUCGAUGCUCUUUUGCAUGGUGAUUCCUUGUCCAUGUCUUCAAACUUGAGAGGAUAUUUUCUUUUGAGGAACUUUAGAUUUAUAAAAUCCGUGGUUGAUGAGGUUGCUGAUGAGCUGAUGGACUCUGGAUUUGAUGGCAUCUUAAUGGACUUGGGAGUGUCAUCGAUGCAGGUUAACAAUGCUGAAAGAGGUUUCAGUGUCCUAAAUGAUGGACCUCUUGAUAUGAGAAUGGAUCCUCAGGCAAGUUUGAAAGCAGAAGACAUCUUAAACUCUUGGCCUGAAUCUGAAGUUGGACGAAUCUUGCGGGAGUAUGGUGAAGAAAGCAAUUGGUUCUCCUUGCAGAAUAAGAUUGUUAAAUCUCGUGUUCGCGGUGGACUGCAUUCCACUAGAGACCUCGUUAGUCUAAUCCAAAACUCAACUCCCAGGACAAAAGGAAGACAAGGUUGGAUAAAAACAGCAACGCGGGUAUUUCAGGCUUUACGGAUAGCAGUCAACGAUGAACUCAAGACACUGCAAGACUCUCUCUAUUCUUGUUUUGAGUGCCUUACACCUGGUGGUAGGCUCGCUGUCAUCUCCUUCCACAGUUUGGAGGACAGGAUAGUGAAACAGACAUUUCUUGACAUUGUGAGAGGCAAGAGAACUGAUGAAGAUGGAGAGAUAAGUGAAGAGAUGAAGAGAGAUCUUGCAAGUGCUGUCACUAAUGACAAUGACAAGGAAGUGUGGAUUAGGCAGAUAAUACAUGGUGAAAAGGGUAGGAUUUUAACCAAGAGACCAAUAACUCCAUCUGAGAAGGAAGAGAAGUUGAACCGCCGGAGCAGGAGUGCUAAGCUCAGGGUGAUCGAGAAGAUCUAACUUUCUGACAACAAUCACAAGGUAUUCAGUGCAAAAUUUAUUCUGUCUUCCCGGAUAAUAUGUGGCUGCAUCUGCUUUGAUGCAAAUCGCUGACUUGUCAGAUGGGGUUAGAUGCAUCCCACAAUGCUGAAAUGCUGAAUGCUAAGCAUUUCUGUUCUCCUCUCCUCUGUUUUCUUCUUCUGAUGAAUUAGGGUUAAGAAAAUUUUGUUGUAAGUUAUGUUCCAAUACAUCCCUUUCAAAAUCGCAUGAAUAAAAUUUCCUUUCUGGGUUUUAGUUUCUU